GCCUUAGAGUCUCUGAAGCACGAAAGAGAUAACCAAUUAGGAAUUUUGGGGGCAACUGUCGCCCCGGACAGCAGCCAGAGAAUCACCAUCACCCCAACUCUGACGUUUCCUGCAAGAAGUUAGAGACUUAAGCGAUAUUAACAUCGGAGGGAAAUGAUAUGCUUGACGCUGUGGAAAAUACCCCUAAGCUGAAGAAGUGCAACUGGAUGUUGUGUGUGUGUUAAAUACCAGAAGAGCCCAGACCCCGUGGGUAAUAGAGACGAAAUGUGGAGAGAAUGACUAACGACAAAUCUGUGAAUUUGUUCUCUGGAGUUGCUAAUUUGCCAGCCCGAAGCAACACAUUUUACAAGGAGGAAACGUUUUGCUGCUUCUGAUUUCUCCCCAAACUGGUGCUACCAGAUGCAUGGCUUUCUAUGUGUUGGAACAAAUCAUUGCUAACUGCAGCAUACCGGCAAAGGGGAAAGGUUGAGGCAACUAACUGGCUGUCUCCAAAUAAGCGAUGAGAUGUAAUGCAUCCUCCCGUCCAUGCACGCUUCCUCUUGCCAUUCGUGCAUCAUUCCUCAGUGGGAACCUUUAAACCCUAAAAUCCAGGAAAAGAAAAUAAAUACAUUAUCAUGGACCUGAGGGAUUUUUACCUGUUGGCUGCUCUGAUUGCCUGUUUAAGGCUGGAUUCCGCAAUAGCUCAAGAACUUAUUUACACUAUUAGAGAGGAAUUGCCUGAAAAUGUGCCCAUAGGAAACAUACCAAAGGAUCUGAACAUUUCUCACAUCAAUGCUGCCACAGGGACCAGUGCCAGCCUUGUCUACAGACUGGUUUCUAAAGCUGGGGACGCCCCUUUGGUGAAAGUAUCCAGUAGCACUGGGGAAAUUUUCACAACCUCCAAUAGAAUAGACAGAGAAAAACUCUGUGCGGGCGCCUCUUAUGCUGAGGAGAAUGAGUGUUUCUUUGAACUCGAGGUGGUGAUCCUCCCCAAUGAUUUUUUCAGGCUGAUCAAAAUAAAAAUAAUUGUUAAGGAUACCAAUGAUAAUGCCCCCAUGUUUCCAUCUCCUGUCAUCAAUAUUUCCAUUCCAGAAAACACUUUGAUCAACAGCCGCUUUCCAAUUCCAUCAGCAACAGAUCCUGACACAGGCUUCAAUGGUGUACAGCAUUAUGAAUUGUUAAAUGGGCAGAGUGUUUUUGGACUGGAUAUCGUGGAAACUCCGGAGGGAGAGAAGUGGCCGCAAUUGAUUGUUCAGCAAAACUUGGACAGAGAACAGAAAGAUACCUAUGUGAUGAAAAUCAAAGUAGAGGAUGGAGGCACUCCACAGAAAUCCAGCACAGCCAUACUGCAGGUCACAGUAAGUGAUGUAAAUGACAACAGGCCAGUGUUUAAGGAGGGUCAAGUGGAGGUGCAUAUUCCAGAGAAUGCUCCUGUAGGCACCUCUGUAAUUCAGCUCCAUGCCACUGAUGCAGAUAUAGGCAGUAAUGCUGAAAUUCGGUACAUUUUUGGUGCCCAGGUCGCCCCUGCAACCAAAAGACUCUUUGCUUUAAAUAAUACUACCGGGCUGAUUACCGUUCAGAGGUCCUUAGAUCGAGAGGAGACUGCCAUUCACAAAGUGACAGUGCUGGCUAGUGAUGGCAGCUCCACUCCCGCUCGAGCAACGGUUACCAUCAAUGUCACCGAUGUAAAUGAUAACCCUCCUAACAUAGACCUAAGGUACAUUAUAAGUCCCAUCAAUGGCACAGUGUAUUUAUCUGAGAAAGAUCCUGUCAAUACAAAGAUUGCCCUAAUUACAGUUUCAGAUAAGGACACAGAUGUGAAUGGCAAAGUGAUCUGUUUUAUUGAAAGAGAGGUCCCAUUUCAUUUGAAGGCAGUAUACGACAACCAGUAUUUGUUAGAGACCUCUUCUUUGCUGGACUAUGAGGGCACCAAAGAAUUCAGCUUUAAAAUUGUUGCCUCUGAUUCUGGGAAGCCCAGUUUAAAUCAGACUGCCCUGGUAAGGGUUAAGCUUGAGGACGAAAAUGACAACCCACCAAUUUUCAACCAGCCUGUAAUUGAGCUGUCAGUUUCUGAAAACAACCGACGUGGGUUAUACUUAACGACUAUUAGUGCCACAGAUGAAGACAGUGGGAAAAAUGCAGACAUUGUUUAUCAGCUUGGACCGAAUGCCUCCUUCUUUGAUCUGGACCGAAAGACAGGAGUUUUGACAGCCUCCAGAGUCUUUGACAGAGAAGAACAAGAGCGAUUCAUUUUUACAGUAACUGCCCGGGACAAUGGGACCCCUCCCCUUCAAAGCCAAGCGGCUGUGAUAGUCACUGUUCUGGAUGAGAAUGACAAUAGCCCCAAGUUUACUCAUAAUCAUUUUCAAUUUUUUGUGUCUGAGAAUCUGCCAAAGUAUAGUACUGUGGGGGUAAUCACAGUGACAGAUGCAGAUGCUGGAGAGAAUAAAGCUGUGACUCUUUCCAUUCUAAAUGACAAUGAUAAUUUUGUGUUGGAUCCCUAUUCUGGAGUCAUAAAGUCAAAUGUCUCAUUUGAUAGAGAGCAGCAGAGUUCCUACACUUUUGAUGUCAAAGCCACUGAUGGAGGACAACCACCUCGUUCCUCUACUGCAAAAGUAACUAUCAAUGUCAUGGAUGUCAAUGACAAUAGCCCAGUUGUCAUUUCUCCACCUUCUAACACUUCCUUUAAGUUGGUGCCCCUCUCAGCCAUUCCUGGCUCCGUGGUAGCAGAAGUUUUUGCAGUGGAUAUUGACACUGGGAUGAACGCUGAACUUAAGUAUACAAUCGUGAGUGGGAACAAUAAAGGCUUGUUUCGGAUUGACCCAGUCACAGGUAACAUUACUCUGGAAGAAAAACCAGCCCCUACUGAUGUGGGCUUGCACCGUUUGGUGGUCAACAUAAGUGACCUGGGAUACCCUAAGUCUUUGCACACACUUGUGCUUGUAUUUCUUUAUGUUAAUGACACUGCUGGAAAUGCCUCCUAUAUCUAUGACUUGAUUCGCAGGACUAUGGAGACCCCAUUGGACAGGAACAUAGGGGAUAGUAGCCAACCCUAUCAAAAUGAGGACUAUCUCACCAUCAUGAUCGCCAUUGUCGCCGGCGCCAUGGUGGUCAUAGUCGUGAUCUUCGUCACCGUUCUGGUGCGCUGUCGCCAUGCAUCAAGGUUCAAAGCAGCUCAGAGGAGCAAGCAAGGUGCUGAAUGGAUGUCACCAAACCAAGAGAACAAACAAAACAAGAAAAAGAAAAGAAAGAAAAGAAAGUCUCCCAAGAGCUCUCUUUUGAACUUUGUUACAAUUGAAGAGUCCAAACCCGAUGAUGCAGUUCACGAACCUAUCAAUGGGACAAUAAGUCUACCAGCUGAGCUGGAGGAGCAAAGUAUAGGAAGAUUUGACUGGGGCCCAGCACCUCCAACAACCUUCAAACCUAACAGCCCUGACCUGGCCAAGCACUACAAAUCUGCUUCUCCACAGCCUGCUUUUCAUCUUAAACCAGACACUCCAGUUUCUGUGAAAAAGCAUCACGUGAUUCAGGAACUCCCUUUGGACAACACCUUUGUCGGGGGUUGUGACACCCUUUCCAAACGCUCUUCCACUAGUUCAGAUCACUUCAGUGCCUCAGAGUGCAGUUCCCAAGGAGGCUUCAAGACAAAGGGCCCCUUACACACCAGACAGUGUAACUCACACAGCAAAAGUGACAAUAUUCCUGUCACUCCUCAGAAAUGUCCCAGCUCUGCGGGUUUCCACAUUCAGGAGAAUGAAGAAAGCCAUUACGAGUCGCAGCGCCGCGUUACGUUUCACCUCCCCGAUGGCUCCCAGGAAAGCUGCAGUGACAGUGGUCUGGGAGACCACGAGCCGGUGGGUAGUGGAACCCUGAUCUCACACCCUCUUCCUCUGGUUCAGCCACAGGACGAAUUCUACGACCAGGCCUCUCCGGACAAGAGGACCGAGGCGGACGGCAACUCUGACCCCAACUCUGAUGGGCCUCUGGGACCCCGAGGGUUAGCUGAAGCUACAGAAAUGUGCACUCAAGAGUGCUUGGUUUUGGGUCAUUCUGAUAAUUGCUGGAUGCCACCUGGCUUGGGUCCAUAUCAACACCCUAAAUCUCCUCUCUCAACCUUUGCACCCCAGAAAGAAUGGGUCAAGAAGGACAAGCUUGUGAAUGGGCACACCCUGACCAGAGCCUGGAAAGAAGACAGCAACAGGAACCAGUUCAAUGACCGUAAGCAGUAUGGCUCCAAUGAAGACCAUUUCAACAAUGGCAGCCACAUGACAGACAUUCCUCUGGCAAAUCUGAAGUCUUAUAAGCAAGCAGGAGGUGCUAUUGAGAGUCCUAAGGAACACCAACUCUAA